AUGGACACCCAGGUGAAGCUUGCUGUUGUGGUGAAGGUGAUGGGCAGGACCGGCUCCAGGGGUCAGGUGACCCAGGUCAGAGUGAAGUUCUUGGAUGACCAGAACCGUCUCAUCAUGAGGAACGUCAAGGGCCCGGUUCGCGAGGGCGACAUCCUCACACUGCUUGAGUCUGAGAGGGAGGCCAGGAGGCUGCGCUGA